CAAGCUAAGAGUGAGGUAGUUUGCAAGAGAGAGAGAUCAGAUUAGAUGGCUUGUGUUGCUUUAACUUCUCUCAUUUCCACCAUUGAGCUUGAAUUUCUGGAACCCACCUCCAGGGUGAGGGAGUCUCUCCGUGAUCGAGCACCAAUCAAGCCUUUGGUUGCAACCCUUUCUUCUUGGAAAUUCAUUUUCCAGUUGGAAUCCAGUGAUGCAUUGAGAGAUUUGGAAUUCCAAAUCAGAGAGUUUGCCCUCAAAGCUGAAGAUGACAUCGAAAUACAUCUCAGCAACUUUGUUCUAGCCAAAGACACGGAGCACGAGGAAGAAGCUUCCCAGGAACUCUAUCAAACCUUGCAAGAAGCGGCCGAAAUUGCAGCACAGAUUUCCGACAAAGAGGAAGUGCGUGAGAGAGGGAGGGAGGUGGCUUGUAAUGCUUUAACUUCUCUCAUCUCAACCAUCCAGCAUCUGUUUCUACAACGCACCCAUUUUUUGAGAGUUUCUCGCUAUGAUCAACCACGACUCGUAUCUUUCCUUGGGAACCUUUCUUCUUUCCAAGCCUUUCUCCAGAAGAAGAAGAAACCCAGUGGUGAUGAUGGUGGUGCACUCAGACUCAGAGAUUUGGAAAUCCAAAUCAGAGACUUUGCACUCGAAACACAAGAUGCCAUCGUGUAUAGAGAAGUUGCUCCCCAUCAACUCCGUCAAACUUGGCUUGAAGCUGCAAAAAAUGUAACAGAUCUGUUGAAGAUUCUAACCGGGGAAAAUGAGUCGCAUUUAAGUGAUGGAGAGAUGGCUAGUGCUGCUUUAACUAUUCUCAUUGCAAAAUUUAAGUAUUACUUUUUGCAAAUCUUCCCAAGUGUUUAUGAUCGUGAUAAAGCAACAAUGAUAUAUUUCUUAGCAAACCUUUAUUCUCUGCAAGUCUGCGUAAUGCAGAUGAAAUCCAAUGGUGCUGCUGCUGCAAUCAAAAUCAGAGACUUCGCACUCAAAGCUGUAGAUGACAUCGAAAUACAGCUAAAAACAUUUCCUCGAGCGAAAUACGCUGAGCGUGAAAGAAAAGCUUUCCAGAGACUCUGUCAAACCUUGCUAGAAGCAGCUGAAAUUGCAGCAAAGUUAUUGAAAAUUAUCCACAAAGAAGAACAGUAUGAGAGAAAGAGGGUGAUGACUUGUGGAAUCAAAUCCACUUUAUUGGAACAUUCUUCUCUGCAAGUCUUUCUGAGAUUAAAUACUUUCAUGACAAAAUUUUAUUAUGACUUUUUGCAUUCCACCCCUAUAGUGCCUCUUGAUGAUGAAGCAGCAAUGAUAUCUUUCUUCCAAAACCUUUCUUCUUUGCAAGACUACUUACUACAGAAGGAGUCUAGUGGUGGUGGUGGUGGUGGUGCUACAAUCGAUGAUUUGGAAACCGAAAUCAGAUACUUUGUAAUCGAGGUAGGAGAUGACGUUGAAACACAAGUAAAAAAUUUAGUUCAGGCCAAACACGAAGCUGAAUAUCAAGAACAAGCUUCCCAGCUAAAUCAAACCUUGCAAGAAGCAGCUGAAACUGUAGAAGAGUUGUUAAUGAGUAUCAACAGUGAAAAAGAGUGUAAAACUGAUUUAGAGAUAGCUUGUGAUGCUUUAAGUAGUCUCAUGGGAACAAUUGAAGAGUUUCUAUAUGCUGAAGUAGCAACGAAAUCUUUCCUGAAGUCUCCUCAUGAUAAAGCAGGAAUCAAAUCUAAUUUAUUGGGAAAGCUCUUUUCUUUGCAAGUCUUUCUGCAGAAGGAAUCAAAUGGUGGAGCUGCUACAAUGAAAUAUUUGGAAACUAAAAUCAAAGACUUUACACUCAAAGCUAAAGAUGACAUCAAAAUACAACUAUACAAUUUUCUACAGGCCAAAGACACAGAGUAUGAAGAAAAAGUUUCCCAUGAACUUUAUCACACCAUGCAAGAAGCAGCAGAAAGCGCAGCAGAGUUGUUGAAGAUAAUCAACAGUAGAAGCAAUGAAGUUGAUGACGCAAAUGAAACUCAACCUUCAAAUACUUGGUUAAAACAUGCCUCCAGGUCUGCGAAUGUUGAGUCUGAUGGAUCCUCGCAUGGCCUUCUAAUGCCUGGGGGCAGAAUGGUUGGUCGUCACCAUGAUUGUAGAGUGAUAAAGGACCAACUAUUUAGUGCUGAAGAACUAAAGGUAAUCUCAAUUGUUGGAAUGGUGGGUAUUGGAAAGACUACUGUAGCAAAAAAUGUCUAUGAAGAUCCAUCAGUUGCAUCGCGUUUUGAUGUAAGAGGUUGGGUUACUAUACCUCAAGACUACGAUAAGAGUCGAAUGCUAAGCGACCUUCUUCAGUCAAUUAUGCCAGCAGAGCGAAAUGUAAUUAAAAAGAGAGGCACUCCAGAUGAACUAGAAAUGCAGGUACGUGAAUGCUUACGUCGUUGGAGGUAUUUAAUUGUUUUGGACAACCUUUUGAGCAAUCAAGCUUGGAUUGACAUCAUACAGUGCCUUCCUGAUUACUGCCGUGGAAGUUGCAUAUUACUAACCACUAGUCACUUAAACCGAUAUGACUACCAAAACAAGUAUAUCCAUAACCUGACUUUGCUAGAUCCAAAAGGAAGCUGGGAACUAUUUGGUAAUAUCCUUUCUAUUGAAGAGCACUUGGCCCCUAAGUUUGAAAAAAUUAGGAACCAUGUUGUGGAGAAAUGUGAUGGAUUACCACAAUUAAUUGUUGAAGUUGCAAAGCGUUUAUCUAAAUGCAACAACAUACAACAAGGGUGGAAGAAGAUUGAAAAGCAAUUAGAGUCAUUGGGACUUCUAGAUCGCAAUGCACUCAGUUUUAGUUACAACAUGUUACCACAUCAUUUGAAAGUUUGCUUUCUAUACUUUGGAGUCUUCCCAAAACGUAAAAAAAUUCUUGUUAAAAUGCUUAUAAGGUUGUGGAUUGCCGAGGGAUUUUUGAAGCCAUUGAAACAUAAUGAGUUAGAAGAUCAAGCGUAUGAGUACUUACAAGAGCUUAUUGAUAGAAGUCUUCUCUUAAUUGAAGAUCGAAGUUGUAAUGGCAAAAUAAAGACUUGUAGAAUGCACAGUGCCUUACAUUGCUUCUGUGUAGGAGAAGCUCAAAAAGGAGGUAUUUUAUGUGCAGUAAAUACUCAGCAACAUUCAGGAUUAUCAUUAAAAUCAUUUACAAAUUCCUGUCGUUGGCUAAGUUCUUACUCACACAGUUUUGACUAUUAUGUGCUCUUUGGUACGAACAUCCCUCGCUCCAUUUUCUUAUUUCUUGAAAAUCCUGAAAUGUUUGUUCCUCCCAAACUGUUAAGAGUUUUGGCUUUUGAUACUUCUAUAUCACUUCAAAGAGUGCCAGUGCAAUUAGGAGGUUUAGUUUUUCUGAGAUACUUAUCCAUAACACAAUGGUUUGAGGAUCUGGAUGAUGUAGUGUCAAAUAAUCCAAAUUUAGAGACACUUGUUGUUUCCGGUAAUGGAGCACCAACUAUCCAUUUGCCAUCUAGUAUUUGGAAGCCACCACAGUUAAAGCAUCUCGCACUUGGCAAUUCAUAUACGGUAGAUCCUCCAAGUGCAGAUAAAAUGAAUUUACAAACAUUAUCUUGGGUGGUGAGACCACUUCAUUGCAGAAAACAGGUGUACAGCAAGUUCCCUAACAUAAAAAAUCUGAAAAUUUUGCUGAAGGAUGACAUAGAACCCAGUUACAUUGGAGGAAGUUGCAGCAAUCCUAUUAUUUCGGACCAUUUUGACUAUUUGAAAGCGGUUGAGAAGCUUAGCAUUUCGGUUUCUAUUGGUUGCAAUGCAGCCCUUCCAGAACAGUGUAUGUAUCCCUCAAGACUGGAGAAGUUGAAGUUGAGUGGGACCAAUAUUUCAGAGAGGGAUUUAAAUGUAAUUGCCAUGUUACCCGGGCUUAAGGUGCUCAAGUUGGAAAAUGCAUUCCGUGGAACAGUAUGGGAAGUAGCUGAAGGAGGAUUUUGUAAAUUAAUAUUCUUGCUCCUUGAAGCUAAAGAACUCAAGCAGUGGGUAGCUAACUUACGUGAACACUUUAAGGAGCUCCGACACUUAGUCUUAAGAUCUUGUAAUUGUUUGGAACAGAUGCCAAUGGAUUUUGCUGGUUACAAGUUGGAGUCAAUUGAGUUGGUGGGGUGUCACAAUUCCCUUGUUGCUUCUGCCAUGCAGUUACAACAGAAGAGAAGAUCCAAGGAUCUUGAGAUCAAAAUUUUGGACCCUAAAUCUGAUGAAUCACAGAAUACACAUACAGAGGUGUCUAUGUAAGACGAAUUGGGCAGCCUCAUAGGAUAUAACUGUUAGAAAAUGAGUAUCCAGAAGUUGGUAAUAGAUGGUACUAAAACAUGAGCUCAGGAGCUUUCUGUCAAAAACACAGAGAUUGACUUUUUAUCACCAAACAUUGUGAAACAGAUUUAAUGUUGAUGUUUCGUCCUUUUGAAGAAAUUAUGUUGGUGACUGGGGCAAGUUGCCUGCCAAGCAGGUUGGUAUAUGCUAAUUGAAUACCAUUUUGAAAAAUUGUCAAGCUAGGAAGCUGCUAGUCUCAAGUAUUGAAGAUCUAGAGAUAAGGCCCUUACCCCAAAAAAAGCCCGCUCCUUGGCGGGUUGCUAUUUUCAAAACCCACCCCCUACCUAAAUAGGGGUUGGGGCGGGGCGGGCUGGCGGGCAAAGCCCGUUUCUACCGCUCUAGUGUAAUUGUGUAAACAGGGUUGUGAGGAGAGUUUGAAAAGGUUUACCAGUGACUUGGAGAAUGGCUUCUAUUGGAAAAGUAUGGAAGAGUUGCUUUGGUGUUUUACAGAAAUUUUGAGCCUGCGGUCAAUUAAGUUGGAUCAGUGUGGUCCUUCUGCUGUUGCUUUUGCUAAGCAGAUUUGAGACUGGCAAGUUGAAAUGGGAAACUGCAUUUUUGAGGUCAAAAUCCGGGGCACUGUAUAUGAUGAAUCACAGAGUACAGAUACACAAGUGUCUGCAGAAGAAGACAUAGGCUCCGGCUUUCAACAUGCUCUCGGAGUGAAUUACUGUUAACGUACUGUUGUUACAAAUGAUACAUGGGCUCCGGCUUUCAAAUCCUGUAGUCUGUUUUCAGAUACAUUUCUGCCAAUUAUUGUUGUACUUGGUUUUGUCACUAUAGUAUUGUCGAGGAAAUGGGGAGCUGCUAGUGCUCAAGUAUUGAAGAUCUACGGGCACUUCGUAAGGCAUCAAAUCAAAUAUUUCACAGUGAUCCUGGUUUCAAAAACGAGGCUUUUAAAUGUUGUAAUCAGUCUUCAUGUAAUUUUUUUUAGCAUUUUAUUUUAAGCAACUGAUUCUCUAGACUACAGACGUAUUGUAUUCUUGAAAUGGCUUGCAGAAAAAUUGUAUUCUUCAAAGAAGUUGCAGAGCCUGUGGAAUAAGCAUGCCGUUCUCCAAUUAAGAAAUUAUUAGUAGACUGAUGUUGCUUUGUAUCUUAUCUUUUUGACAGACAAAUAGUUUCUCAUUUGCAGGCGAUUAAAGAUGAUUUAGAGCCCUAUGUCACUUGUUGAUCGGGAAGGGCUGCAUCCAUUACGAUGAAGAAUGUUUGAGAUUAAAAUCAUCAGGCUUGAAUAUGAGGAAUCACCGUAUCCACAUGUAGAAGACGACUUGACCAAGCUCACAGUGAAUUUACUGCUUUUUGAAAAAUGGGCAUUAAGGAUAAACUUUCUCAAUCCCAGAUAAUAGAAAGAUGGAGUAUGAUCAGACCCGAUUUUGUGAAUAUGUUGCAUAGUACUCCCAAGAAAUGGAUAGCUGAAUUGUUACCAUGUUUGGUCAAGAUGCUAUUGCAAGUAUCCAACAUAUGCUAAUAGAUGGUGUUGAAACACAAGCUAAUAUGCUUCCUGUCAUUUGUGAAACCCCCUCUUGCCAGUAUGCUUGAGUUAAACUAAUUUUGAUGGUUUUCAAAGGAUUCAUGUUGGUAGUUGUAACAAGCAAGUUUAUCUUCCAUCUGGUGCCUUUUAUGAGAUGAUGAUAUGAGUAUAUGACUUUACAUCUAGCUU